GACUCGACCCGCUGUUGGAUGUACCUCCUCCUCCACCACCUCCACCCAUCUGUCAGAACCAUUUAGUCCCCCACCCGGACGGUAUUCCGCCCUUUAUCGAUCUCCUGGAACCCGGCGGGGCCCCGUCGCUUAACGGCUAUCGGAGGACCGUUGGAGCUCGCGCGCUAACGGCCGUUGAUGACGGUUGGACUUCCUCCGGGCGCGAGCUUUUUACGACGAGCUGGCGGUGCUCCCCCCCCUCCUGCCCAGCGUGUUUCUUAGGGGUUUCUCUCGCUCUGUGCUGGUGGCCUUGUCCCUCUGCUCGGCGGCCGGCUUUCCCCAGAGGGCACAGGCAGCCCAGGCCAAUGCGAAGCUCCCCCCCGGGAUCCUAGAGCCCCGAAGCCUGCACGGUCGCUGCCCCGCCGCCGCCUUCCGGUACCGCGCCGACAGCAAGCAGCCAGAGGAGGGCGGGGGUCCCCGGCCCGGGGCCGACCAGCGCGCCAUGCCCGGGUCCACGCCGGCCAGCAGCAAGGCUCGGGUCUACACCGACGUCAACACGCAGAAGAACCGCGAGUACUGGGACUACGACGCACACGUGCCCAACUGGAGCAACCAGGACAACUACCAGCUGGUGCGCAAACUGGGCCGGGGGAAGUACAGCGAGGUGUUCGAGGCCAUAAACGUCACCAACAACGAGAAGGUGGUGGUCAAAAUCCUCAAGCCCGUCAAGAAGAAGAAGAUCAAGCGAGAGAUCAAAAUCCUGGAGAACCUGCGGGGGGGCACCAACAUCAUCCGGCUGGUGGACACGGUCAAAGACCCGGUGUCCAGAACGCCAGCGCUUGUCUUUGAGUACAUCAAUAACACAGAUUUUAAGGUACUUUGUUUGGCCCGCAUUAUGCGCAGAGCUGCCGUUCACGCCUCUUUAUCCAUCAUUAAUACCACGCAUAAUAACCCUGAGGAGCUCUAUCAGAAGCUGACCGACUACGACAUCCGCUUCUACAUGUACGAGCUCCUCAAGGCUCUGGACUACUGCCACAGCAUGGGCAUCAUGCACAGAGACGUGAAGCCCCACAACGUGAUGAUCGACCACCAGCUGAGGAAGCUGCGUCUCAUAGACUGGGGCCUGGCCGAGUUCUACCACCCCGCUCAGGAAUACAACGUCAGGGUGGCCUCCCGCUACUUCAAAGGCCCCGAGCUGCUGGUGGACUACCAGAUGUACGACUACAGUCUGGACAUGUGGAGUCUGGGCUGCAUGUUGGCCAGCAUGAUCUUCCUCAAGGAGCCGUUUUUCCACGGCCAGGACAACUACGACCAGCUGGUGCGCAUCGCCAAAGUCCUGGGCACCGACGAGCUCUUUGGCUACCUGCACAAGUACCACAUAGAGCUGGACACACGCUUCAAGGACCUGCUGGGACAGCAGACGCGGCGGCGCUGGGAGCAGUUUGUCCAGGCGGAGAACCAGCACCUGGUGAGCCCCGAGGCCCUGGACCUGCUGGACCAGCUGCUGCGCUACGACCACCAGCAGCGCCUGACCGCCAACGAGGCCAUGCGCCACGCCUACUUCUGCCUGAGGCCUAAGAGGGGGUGGGUCCUGGUCCUGGUCUUGGUCCUGGUCCUGGUCUUGGUCCUGGUCCUGGCUAAGUUCCUGGUCCUGGCCCUGGUCCUGGUCCUGGUCUUGGUCCUUGUCCUGGCUCAGUUCCUGGUCUUGGUCCUGGCCCUGGCCCUGGCCCUGGCCCUGGUCCUAGACCGGGACCUGGCCCUGGCCCCUGGCCCUGGCCCUGACCCGGUGGUGAAGGAGCAGGUGAACUCAGACGGCUCGAAGGCGCUCAGCGGCUCCAACGCCACAUGAUGAGCACACAGCAGGUUCUGACCCGUACCGGCUUCAGGGGGGCCAGGGACCCGUCCAGACCGGGUC